AUGCAAAAAGACUUCGAGAUAAAACCGAGCGUGCACUCGAUGUGGGAAACGAGGGUCCAAUUUCCAACACGCGACACCUCUAGACUCGGGAGGAAAGUGGCGCGGUACGAAGACCGCACCACGUGCUCAAGGGCCGGCCGGGCCCCUUGGAGGGCCCUCGAGCCGUAUCGGUUGCACGCGCCGCGCCCUCCGAUAGGGGCCAAUGAGGACCUUUGCGGCACGAUC